UGGACGGUUUGUUUGAUAACACUGCGAGAGAAACAAGCUCCUUCACCUCCUAAAACUUAACAUUAGCCUUAAGUUCUGCAUAAAAAUAGUUUUCUAAAAGCUUGGUUCGGAUAAAUUCGGGUGGAUUCUGACUUCGUGUGAUCGAGAGUGGUUCGCUUUGGGUGAAAAAUAAACAGGAAGUAGCUAGCGUUGUGGGACGUGUAGUUCCGCUUGCAGGCCACUGAGCUUGCAACAACGCAUACAAAUAAGAAACAACAUCUAAAUAACAUAAACUGAACCAGAAGACGGUGUGUAUAUCCUCGGCAUUGAGGUAAACAUGCCCGGGUUCACCUGCUGCGUGCCUGGGUGCUACAACAACUCUCAUCGGGACCGGGAGUUACGUUUUUACACAUUUCCUAAAGACACCACGCUGAGGGAGAUGUGGCUGAGGAACAUCUCCCGGGCCGGGGUCAGUGGCUGCUUUAGCACCUUCCAGCCCACCACAGGACACAGAGUCUGCAGUGUGCAUUUUGCAGGCGGGAGGAAAACAUACACUAUUAGAGUACCGUCCCUCUUUCCUCUGCGGGGCGUGAAUGAGCGCAGGAGUCGGAGGGGCAGGGGUAGGAAAGUGUCCGCGGCGGCUCCUGCCCGCGCCGCUGCAGCGACCUCCGGGAUUAUCAUCACCAGCGUCGUGAGCAACGCGGCAGAAGGAGCCGAGGGAAACACCGGCGGCGAGGCGAGCGACGACAGCAUCGCCGUGGUUCAGAUAGGCCAAAACGGGGAGUACCUGGGCACGGCGCGGUUGCCCGUUCAAGCAGAGGGGACUUGUUACACAGCACCGAUCAGCUCCGCAGAAGAGCUGACCGCCGACGUCGCAACCGUGGAUAACGCGUCCAUCUUGCAGCAGCAGCAGCCCGCGCAGUACGUAAGUGUGACCAGCAGCCCGCUCGACCACUCGUAUUCACUGACCACCGGCACCACGUCUGCAGAGCUGCUGCGGAAACUGAACGAGCAGCGGGACAUCAUCGCACUGAUGGAGGUGAAGAUGAAGGAGAUGAAGGCGACCAUCCGUCAGCUCCGGGUGGCUGAGGCCAAGCUGCAGGAGGAGGUGCGGGAGCGGGACAGACUGCUGUACGGGAACACUGUGGCUUUUAACGUCCGGAAGAAAAUGUGAUUUGUAAACAUAACCUGACAUGACCCCUAGAGACUCAGACUGACGAGGAAGAAACGAGACCCAGCUCUAUUUUGUAAGAAACUACGAGCGAUGACAAUUUGUUUUCAACAAGGAGAACUGUCUUUUCAUUGGCUUGAUGUAUAAAGUUGGCUGGCUAACUCAUGUAGUUUAUAUUGAUAAUCUCAUUGCUAGUUCUUUAGAAACGUGCACAAUUAAUUCUUUACAGUCAGACAAGGUCAGUAAAAGCAUUUUUAUCAAUAUAACCAGACUCAUAGUGUUCACAGAUUUAUGAGCAGGCUUCUACAUUUAUUAUCAGACUGAUAAGGAGGAGUCUCAGCAGUGUCAUAGAGAGGUUUUUCUCUUGGAGGUUUCUUUUAAAUGUUUCUACUGCUCUAUGAGCUUGAACAAGAGGAGCUGCAGCCAGAAUGAACCUAAAAUAGAUCUGGGGAGGUGGUGUAAAUAAUGCCAAGAUGAAGUAACUAUAGAACUUUUUGUAAACAAAACACUAUUCUUAGAAAUAUUUUGAUGUUAGUCAAUAAAAGAAAGUGCUACUAUGACUUGAGUUGCCUUUUUAGGUCCCUUAAGACUCGUUUUUUUAAAGGAUGUUUCAUGAAUGAUGCUUUAAGUAAAAUUUUUUUGUUAAAGAAAUCUAAAAAAAAAAAAACUUGUGCAGGUGCUCUUUGCAACCUGUACUUUGUCCAUACUUCUUGGUUUUGCUGUAAAACAGUCGCUGCUUGUUUCAGUGUGAUACAUGGCUGAACUUUACGUGCCUGUUUAUGGUCAGAUGUUUUUCCUCCUGCAGAUGUUUGGUGGCUGCAUCUCUCAGUCCUGUUCAUCUGUGUUUUUAUGUAGGAUGUUACAUUUCUGUUUUUUUUUUCCAAGCUUGGUCUGACAUCAUUGCUCUGCUGUUAUUUUGAAGUAAAUCUCAUUUUGAAAUGGA